UAAAAAGUAUGAGUAGAUAAACUUAAAAAUAAAAUUAUCGGAGAGAAGAAAUUAGCGAGAUGGAAGGAGGUAAAGGAACUGUUUGUGUAACAGGUGGAACUGGAUUCGUAGCUUCAUGGUUGAUCAUGAAGCUUCUUGAACAUGGUUAUUCGGUCCGGACCACUGUCAGAGCUGCCUCUGAACACAAUAGAGAUCUUAGCUUCCUCAGAAAUCUGCCAGGGGCAUCUGAGAAGCUCCAAAUCUUGAAUGCGGAUCUGAGCGACCCAGAUAGUUUUGAUGCAGCCAUUGAAGGAUGCAGUGGUGUUCUUCAUGUUGCUACACCUAUUGAUUUUGAAGGUAGAGAACCUGAAGAAGUUGUGACAAAAAGAGCAAUCAACGGAACUAUUGGCAUCUUAAAGGCAUGUUUGAAAGCCAAAACAGUGAAGCGAGUUGUUUACACUUCAAGUGCAUCGGCUGUUGUGUUUAAUGAAAAGAAUGUUGAUAUAAUGGAUGAGACAUUUUGGAGUGAUGUAGAUUUCAUUAGAAAAACCAUGCCCAUCGUUGGCUCUUACAUGAUAUCUAAGACAUUAACUGAAAAGGCAGCUCUUGAAUUCGCAGAAGAACACGGAUUGGAUCUGGUGACAUUGAUACCUUCUUUUAUUGUUGGUCCCUUCAUUUGUCCCAAAUUUCCUGGCUCAGUACGCGUCGUGUUAGCUAUGGUCCGGGGUAAUAAGGAGGAGUAUAGUUCUCUUCUCAACACAUCUAUGGUGCAUGUUGAUGAUGUGGCCAGGGCACAUAUAUUCCUCCUUGAACAUCCUGGUGUGAAAGGGAGGUAUAUUUGUUCUUCACACACAAUAACAAUUGAACAAAUGUCUCAACUUCUUUCUGCUAAGUACCCAGAAUAUCCGAUUCCAACAUUAGAUGAAGUAGCAGAGAUCAGAGGUUAUAAAAUACCAGGAUUAUCGUCAAAGAAACUAUUGGAUACUGGUUUCGAAUUUAAGUAUGGGGUCGAUGAAAUGUUCGAUGGAGCAAUCAAUUGCUGCAACGAAAAAGGCUUUCUCUAGUUAAUAAGUUUGAUACAAUAGAUUAUACUAUGACUAUCCGUAUUAUUGUGUAUUCUACCAAGUUUAGAAUCUACAGGUGAAAUCUUAAAGAAUAAUUUGUAUACUAUAUGUGUAAAACAAUGAUAAGGAAUAAUAACUCUUAAGGUCCUGCAAUUUCCUGAAAAUAUAUUGUUGAUGCGUGAUUU